GCAGGUUCUGAACCCGCAAAAGAUUGUUAGCCAAAUUAGCUACAUUUAACCCAGUAUUAUAUCUAUGUAUAUUAAAUAUCAUGAUAUGAAUGUAAUUUUUUUUUUAAAAAAUUACUGCGAUUGUGAAAAGAAUUAAACCAGGAGGAGGAAGAGUGGGCUGUAGUGGGGUGCCAUAGUCGGUGCAAUGUGACUGGCUGGGCUGGGGUUAGCCAGGCGCUAUUUUGUACACAUACUCGUACUCCAAGUAUGAGUAUACGCGGGGCGACUUUCCACUGCCUUAAAAACUGACACAUUAUUGUACCGGGAGGUUAAAGAAAUAACACAGCAGCCGAACGAUUGGGCCGCCCAUGGAGCCUGGGACCUCGCGUGAAACUCUGAAGCGUGCAGGAAGCCCCAACCCGGCCGGUCUGCGGGAGGAGACGCCGGGAGAAGAGGCGAAAGGCGGAGACGGCAGAACCGCGAUGAGAAAGCAAGUGGGAGCGGACUGUGGGAAUGAUGGAGAGUCUAACAGCCAGAUUAAAAACGGAGAGGAAUACGAGGAGGAAUUAGACCCAAGAAUUCAGGAGGAGCUGGAGCACCUCAACCAAGCUAGCGAAGAGAUCAACAAGCUGGAGCUGCAGCUGGAUGACGCCAGGUCGAGCUACAGGAGGAUUCUGACUGAUUCUGCCAGGAAGCUCAAUGCCCAGGGCUCCCAGCUCGGUGCGUGCAUUGACAAAGCAAGGCCUUAUUAUGAAGCUCGCAGACUUGCCAAAGAGGCCCAACAGGAGACCCAGAAGGCAGCUCUGAGAUAUGAGAGGGCUGUGUCCAUGCACACUGCUGCCAGAGAGAUGGUGUAUGUGGCAGAGCAAGGUCUUUUGGCUGACAAGAACACCAUGGACCCAACCUGGCAGGAGAUGCUUAACCAUGCCACCGCCAAGGUGAAUGAGGCGGAGGAAGAGCGCCUUCGCAGUGAGCGAGAGCACCAGCGAGUCACCCAACUGUGCCAGGAUGCUGAAGCUCGAGUCCAGACUCUCCAGAAAGCCCUGAAGAAAGUAAUUCUCAAGUCCAAGCCUUACUUUGAACUCAAGGCUCAGUUCAAUCACAUUUUGGAGGAGCAUAAGGCUAAAGUCGUACAGCUAGAGGAGCAAGUGGCAAAAGUAAAAAUGCGUUACUCCGUGGCCCUGCGGAACCUGGAGCAGAUCAGUGAGCAGAUCCAUGCACAGAGGGGGCGAACCAGAGCUAGCAGGGGGCAUCCUGCCAUCUGUGGGGGUCGGAGCUCCCCUGUAGGUGCUGAAGCUGAGGUCAGAACUGCCGCUGGAAUUCGUGACAGUAGCUGUGUGGGAGUCGACACUAUUGAAAGCGAUUGGGCAGAUGGUGAGAAAACCAGACUGUGGGUAGAGAGGCACCGAGAGAGUGGCUGGGGCCAGAGGGAGCAACUGGAGGCAGAGCAGGUUGGCUCAGACUGCAUGUCGGUUAUCAGCCUUCAAACCAUCGCCUCUGACCUGGAAAAGUGUGACUCGGUGGAGCAUUUGGGUGACCUGAGUGAUGCUGGGAGUGUGCUGGGUGAAGAGUGGGACCACCACAGCAAGUCUAAUGACAAGCCAGUCAGCAGGGAGAUGGUGACUGAAGGGCCUCAGCAGGAGCUUGUUCACCAGGAGAAAGGAGCUGUUAAUAAAGAGAAACAGGAGAGUUUUGUUAAGCAGCACCACAGAAGUGUUAGUCUAUGAUAUCAAGCAGGAGGAGGAACGUUGUGAUGGUGAUGAUCGUGGUGAUUAGGCUGAGGGAUCAUAGAAGAACUUGAGAGAAUCUGAAAUAUCUCUGACUGAAAGGUGCCAAACAAGCUGACAAGAAUGUGAAAUGCAGGCGCUGACAGUGAUUGACAAAGUUAGGAAAAGGUGGGUUGAUUAACAAGUACAUCAGCUGCACACUAAUUAAUCUUUGUGUGACAACAUUAAUCCAGUGGAGCAGCCCUGCACAGUGAGUCUGAUCCAAUCUGUUGCUAAACAGUUGAGGAAAAAAAGUUAUUGCAAAGUACAAACAGGCUUUUAACAACAGUUUAAACACAUACUUGUAUUUAAUUUGUGCACCUGGUUUUGGCAUUCCCAUUGUUAGCAUGCUAUCAGCUCGUAUUUGCUCUAAGGAUGGUCUGAAGCACCUGUUAUACUUUCUGCAUUUACAAGUUUGCAAGGGUGCCCUUGGGUCUGGGUAACAUAAAUUUGUGCCAUCAGAGGAUGAAUGCAAGGCUUUGUAAAGACAUACGCAUAUGUACCCUCCAAUUUGACCACUCUACAAUGAUUAUGCUGCAAGGGAAAAAAGCUGUACAUGCAUCUUCCAAGUGCCUCCAAGCAGACCAGGAAAUAAUCAUAACAACUUGCCUGUGGUGUCCACCAGUUGCUGUGCCUGCUUCUGCAAGUGAGUAUGGUCUUUAAGAGCAAUAAAAGUGAAUUCACUCUGCAAACUUUCCUGAUGUAGAAUCAUGCAGAGUGUGAUAAGAAACAUGAGCAGUCACACAUGGGUUGGACACAAACUGGCAGCAUGACGUGAACCAACCUAUCUGGAAAAAUGGAAACUGUAAUAAUCCUCAAUUCUGAAGAAAGAAAGUGGACACAAAACUGCAUUGUCUGUGGAAGACAAAAUAAGUCUGUAAACUAUGGGUCUUUUUUGAGCCACAUGCUCUGAUAUGGCAUUUGUAUGGACAUAUGUAUUCUAUCUUAAAACUGAUUUCAGCUACUCCCUUAUUCACAAUGGUCACCAUAGCAGGCGGUGCUACAUAUUUGAGUUUACAGAUUUGUAUCUUCUCAUGAGACUGAAAGAGAAUCUUUCACUUCUAUUUUUGAAGUGCUGCCAAAGUAAGAGCAACAUCAACCACACUGAAGCAAGCAGUGGUUUCAGGGCAAAGAGGCACACUGUAGGGUGCAGUUAGGGUCAGCGUUCCGUAAAAAUAUUUAUAAAAUAUAUCAUAGCAUAAUUUCAUAGGGUGGAACAUUUAGCGCUAUUGUAUAUGGAAUACGUCCUCCAUCUGUGCCGUGAACUUUGUGAAUUGUACAUUAACCAAUCCAGUAUCCUAACCCUAACCCAGUGCUGCUAAAAUAAACAUCUAAUUUUAAAAAGAUAAUGAGCCUCAUUCUGUCCUUGAGUUCAGCAACUGCCAGAGGUGGGAAGUACAAACACUUUGUCACCUGAAAAAUCUUCUUAAGUACAGUAUCUGUAUUUUACUCGAGUAUUUUUCUGACAACUUUUUACUUUUAAUCGCUGCAUUUUUAAACAAAUAUCUGUUACUUUCUAUUCAUUGCAUUUUCAAGACAUUUGAGGGGAGUUAUUAUUUCAUGUCACUGCGGGCCUUUAAACAUCAAACCAAUUUGAGGCUAAAAAGGCAGUCUUGUAUGUGUGUUAAUCACCCGCGGAUAUCGCAUAAAAAGAGAUGAAAGAGCCUAAACUGUUACUGUACUCCAGUAUCUAGCCAGCUCUAUAGAAGAUAAGCGAGCAUAAAGGAAAUAAUGUGUAUUUUCAAAUGCAGCAUUUCUAUCAUCCGUGGUUUAGGGGGUUGGGAAGCUCAUCUUGUAGCUCUAUAAAUGCAAUCCAUUAUUAUCAGUUCCUCAAUUAUUAGCACACACAUUUGCAUACAGUCUAGCUAGCAGCACAAUGUGCAACAAAGAUCCAGCAGUUUUCUGGGACUGGGACUCACAUUGGGCUGCCCAUCUGGUCCACUGACCCAGGGAUUCAUCUUUCCUCCCAAGCUCAAACCAGUAAAAAAAAAUCAAAAAGUACCCCCCCCCCCCCCCCCCCCCC